AUGGACUUCCAGCAGUUCAUGGACUUCAAGAAGUACACGAGUGGGGCACCCGAUGUGGCCGCCUUCAUGGGCGACUCAGGCAACACGCAAAGCUUCGAGAAAUACAUGAAUGACUACAAGCAGUACGUGGACUGGCAGCAGUUCAUGAACUACCAGAAGUACAUGUCUGGAGGAUCCAACGGAUCCAACGGAGCUCAGGGAGACUUUCAGUCCUCGGGAGCUGGCUCCUCAGAGGGGUCCUUGGAGGGGGUCAAAAGGCAUUGCCGUAUUUUCGGUUGGCAAGAAACCGAUCAUCUCGAUCCCAGGGCUGACAAGUCUGAGAAAUCCGAGAAAUCUCAGAAGUCCGCCAAAUCAAAGGACGAGGACCAAUCCGAAAAGAGCCAGGCUCAGGGCAACUUCCAGCAGUACAUCCCGGAUAUCUCGCAGUACAUUCCUGGUGGAAAUUCUGGAGGUUCGCAAUAUAUGGACUUCUCAAAGUACAUGGGAGGCAACUCUGGUGGAAGUGGUGCGAACUACAUGGACUUUUCCAAGUACAUGGGCGCCUCUCAAGGUGGUGAUUCCAAGUCGUCGGAUUCUGGAAAACCUUCAGCCAACAACUUUCAGCAGUACAUGAACUUCCAGCAGUACAUGGGCAAGUACAAUCGCCAGGACUGGAUGAAGUUCCAGCAACAGCAGGGGCAGCAGCAGUCCAUCCCUUACAGUGCGUCGGAUUGCAAGUCACUGGAUGAGUUGGAAGCAUGGCAUCAGCGCCAAUUGGACACGGUCGAUAGCUUCAUCCCCGAAGCCUUCCAAUCCAGCGUGCUGGGCCAGAUCAAUGACGAUUACGAGAAGAACAAGAUUCGUUUGGGCGGCAUGGCGGACGACAAAAGUUCCGAGGCAGAUGCAGCGACCCCCGCUGCGGCGAAAGCCGCGGCAGAGGCGAUGCCCAAGGGCGACGAUACAGCGGCGGCCGAUCCGGAGGUGGAGAAGGCUUUGGCCAAGGCCCGCACUGCGCUCCAAAAGUCCGAUCGGGUGGAGUCGCCCAAAGCGCUGAUGGAGACGGACUUCGGAAAGGACAUACGGAGCGCGGAGGAUUUUCGCAGAGUUUCGCCAUUCAAUGUCCACUUUCUGGUUCCGAAAGGACGUAGGAGGUAA